AUGAAGCAAUCAAAUGCCAAGCAUGUUUUUCAAAAUGCGUUUCUUCUCUGUCUUGCCUUGUGUCUGGCUCCUGCCACUACUGCCGUGAUCUUGGCAGUGUCCAUCUAUAAUGUUUUAUUCAAUCAGAAUGACCGACUUGAACAAUCGCAGUCAUCAAGGAAGAGAAUUCUGGUCACGGGGGUUUCCAUGUCAAAGGGCCUUGAACUUGCGCGUCUGUUUCAUCAACAGGGUCAUGUCGUGAUUGGAGCCGACGUUGACGGCUUGGCCUGCGGCCGUGUGUCGCGCGCCGUCUGUACAUUCUACCAUUUACCGGCUCCGGCUUCAGAUCUGAGCACUCGGACGGGGGAGCCCUCGGAAUACGCAAAAGCCUUGCUGCGCAUUGUCGAGACUGAAAAUAUUGACCUGUGGGUGUCCGUGUCGGGCGUCAGCUCAGCCUUGCAAGAUUCCAUUGCCAAGCAUGUAAUUGAACAGCGCACCAAAGCCAAAGCCAUUCAGUUUGACUCGCAGCAUGUGAAGAUCUUGGAUGAUAAAGAUGCAUUCAUCGACCACGUGCGAAAACUAGGCCUCAAGGUCCCCGACAGCCGUCGAAUCGACAGCCAAGAUGAGCUACUCUCGUUCCUCCGCAGCCGCGGCGGCAGUCUUUCCCGGAAACCGGAGACGACUCUGUACUUGAUCAAGCCCGUGGGGGUAAAUGACGCGGCGAGACUUGACAUGCCUCUCUUGCCUCUUUCCACCGAAAAGGAGACGUUGGCUCGCGUCGAUGCGCUCAACUUUAACAAGGUCUCUUCAUUCGUUGCACAAGAGUUUAUCCAGGGCGAUGAAUACUGCACCCAUUCUUUGGUGGUUCGCGGACGCGUCAAGGCUUUUGUCGCUUGCCAGUCUGCCAAUGUGUUGAUGCACUAUGCAGCUUUGCCGGAAAAUUCAACGCUGAGCGAGUCGAUGCGUCGCUUCACCAUGUCCGUUGCGGAGCACGCCGGAGAGGGCUUCACGGGACACUUGAGUUUUGAUUUCAUGGUCAAGCCUGGCGAGGGAAGCUCCUCUGGCAAAGAGACGGAGCAAAUCUACCCCAUCGAGUGCAAUCCCAGAGUGCACACGGCUGUUGUGCUGUUUCGGGAUACGCGGCAGCUUGUCGACCGCUAUCUCUCGGUCCUAGAGGCAGACGUCGACACGGAUGACGACAUCUUGUACCCGCAGCAUGUACAGCGAUACUACUGGGUUGGGCAAGACUUGGUUGAGCAGGUGUUUUGCCCUCUAUACCGACUGUUUUGGGAUGGAAUGGCCAGUAUCAACGACGUUGUUUUGCAAUUUGCAUUGUUUAUCGAGCAUGUACUCUACUGGAAGGAUGGCACAUUUACGGUCUGGGAUCCCUGGCCAUUCUGGUGGUUGUAUCAUGUUCAAUGGCCUGCGCGAUUGAUGAACUGCUUGAUGCGAGGGAAGAGAUGGGAGAGAGCCAACGUGAGCACCGGGAAAAUGUUUCAAGUUUCCUAG